AUGGAUAUGGGCAACGAAGAAGACCCUCAGAUAAAUAAGAACGACGGCGGCUCCAUCCCAUCGGGGCCAUCUAGUAGUCAAGAUCCUUCCCGUGCGGCAACGUCGAGUCAUGAGAAGUACAGAGAUCAAGACGAUAGACUAGCUUCAGCCCCAACCAGACGGCGUGGUCCUACAGGUCGUUCAUCUAAAUCUACAGCUACCGCUUCUUCGCCGUCGACAUCAUCAUCAUCAAUACCAAGGCCGGCGCUUAUGAGCAGGCAGAGCACUACGAGUUCAGAGCUAAUGGAUCCCACUACGUACGGAGGUCACGCCCAAGGCUCGUCAUCAGGAGGAGGAAGUAUGGCGUCUUCCAGUAUGCCUACGAGGCCGAUGGGUAAUAUUCCGGGAGAGGGAGGUAUGCCGGUGAAAUUAACUCCCAUCACCGGCCGUGUCAGCAGAGCGAAGAAAGGCGUUCCGGUUCAUACCUGCGACAUAUGCAAACCGCCCAAGACAUUCACGAGAGCGGAACACCUUAGACGCCACCAAUUGAGCCACAGGACGCCCGGAUUCCCAUGUACUUUUCCCGGUUGUGACAAGGCAUUUCACAGAGCCGACUUGCUCGCUCGCCAUACCCAGAGACAUGACCAUGACGACAAGGCGUCAUCGGGGGGCAUGAGCCGGCCGCCAUCUGCGGGCACGUUGGAGGAUCCAAACUCUGGGCUAAGUUACAUGACCCAUAGUCACUCAUCGAUGGAUGGGGGCCUAGGUUCCCGGCCGGGAAUGCCUGGCCCGUCCGAUAAUUCCUCUGGCACCUCCUAUCCCGGCAGUAUGUCAACGCACUAUCAGAUGAGUGGCCAAGGUAAUACCAGUGGAGGGAACUCCAUGUCCCCGUCACAGCACCCUGGCCGCGGUGAUAGCUAUCAAAAUUCGCCCAACGCUCCAAACCAUACCUAUGUGCUAUCCGGGUUGAUUAACAAUCAGACCCCGAGUAUUGGGGGCUCCCCAAUAGCACCAGGUGCUGAUCGCUUCUUUGGGCUAGACAUCCAACCACGUACAUCUUCUCCCUACCCUACCAUGUUCAUGGACCCUGCGAUCUUACCCCAUACGUUGCCCAGCUUGACAAUACCUGACAACAGUAUUCCUCCAGGUCUUGUUCAUGCUAGUCAUGAUGGUUCGCCUUGGCCAUCUUCUGCUUCAGAAAGUAAUUACUCUACACCCUCAGAUAUCAGCCACAGGAGGAACAUGAACGCCCAAGCGGGAUACGAAUCGCCAAUAUCGUCAGACUGGCCUCUCAGUUAUCACAGCAUGCAAAGCCCAGGCGGCGGCCUCGAGGUUGCCACCACGGCCUCUUUCUUUGGGUCGGCCUUCUCUUCAAUGGCGCCGAACAUGGAUCAAACGCUGAACUUGUCGGUACCAUUUUCAGACGAACAGUCCUUCGUCGAUCAACAAUAUCCAUCCUAUUCUUCAGUUCGUAGUCCGACCCCACCGACUAUCUCACUGUCCGCUCAAUCGAAUGAACAUUUAGUCACCCUUACAGCCCCAUCAAUUCCCGACGCAGCGUCGGCAGGAGCUCGCCAGAAGGGUUCGACGAUGCUCCUGGGACCACUCCAGGGGACAGCCUUUCUAACAGCGAGCGCCCUGCCGCUGCACGUCCGGAACGUCAUCCCGAAGUACCUACAAGCGUACUGGAAGAGCUUCGACACACUCGCUCCAGUGGUUCACCGCAAAAGCGUUGAAACAGCUGCCGACGAGGUUUUGCGUUGCGCCAUGGCUGCCGUGGGCGCGCAGUAUCUCCAAGGCAAGGAUGAUCGUAUAAGAGCAAACGAGUUGCAUGAAUUCGCCUGGAAGGAGGUCAAAACCCGUACGAAGUGGAACCUUCAAGUCAUGCAGACGAUCAUCCUUUGCGAGUUUUACGCACGGUUCCGUGGACGGAGUGUCCUCCGACACCCCUCGGAGUCCUUCCAGUCGCUAUACUCUCGGGAUUCUCUUUUUAGUUUUGUUAUGUCUUCUCCUAAUGGCCGAUGGUAUCCAUACUCAACAUGUUCUUCCUUACAGAUGGCCAACCACCAGAUGCCGGACAAAUUUCUUUUUUCUGCCUCAACACGAAACGAACGAUGGAACGAAUGGAUUGAUAAUGAGUCACGACGACGACUCUUGGCCGCUUGCUUUGUUUUGGAUGCGCACACAUCUUUGUACUAUCAACAGCAUGUAAUACAACAAUUUCCUAUGUCGACAUUCUCUAUCCCCCUAAUUCGACCUACCGAAGAUCUCUGGGCCGCGCCAUCAUCAGAAGCAUGGGAGGCCCUUCUCGAUACGAAACCAGCCAACGCGGGACCUCUAAGUUAUUCUGGUGAACCUCCUACGGCGGAACAGGUGAUGAACGCGCGAUAUCUCGACCGUGCUAUAUUUCUAACCUCGGAGGCUCUUCGCCUGCCUAAGCGAUCUAACCCCUCAGUACUGGACCUUUCGGUGGAAGUUGACUUGACUUGUACCGAGCAAAUGAGUAGACUCUUCCCGGGAUCUGCUGUUGGAAAUACUUAUCUAGCGUUGCACUAUACGCCUCUACAUGACCUGCUCGCAGUUAGCGGCGACACCUGGCUCUUCUCGAGGAAGGUGGCAUCUCCACAAGUCUUUCAACAGCAUAAGAAGCGGUUACAACAAUGGUGCGGUAGCCCCUACGCCGGCGCUGCCGCUGGAUUUGCCGCCAAGGCGCUGCUAGCCUUUCUCGAUGGUACCGAGUCGCGCAAUUAUAAUACACUAAAUACUGCGGUUUCUUCAGAGCUAGAAGAGGAAGAAGAUGCCAUGGACUUGGACAAGAGCUGGAACAUGCUGGAUAUUUCAGAUUACUGGGCGGUACACGUUUGCGCUCUCAUCUGCUGGGCGCUGGGUCACCGGUCGAUGGUCAGGAAUAACGGCGCCUUCUCUGGUUCCGGAUCGGACUGCAGUUCUCCUCGCUACGACCAAAACAACGAUAACAACGGUUCUAAUGCUAAUGCCGGGGAAGCGGAGGAGCGGGAAGCUAUACGGUGGCUGAAAAGGGUAGCCGGGCUGAGUGCCGCGGACUUAGCAGUUGGGGCGCGAAGCCAGAGGGAGUCGAUGGGUGUCAUUAGCAUGGUCCGACGAAGGCUUGAAGACGAGGCCGUCGGUACGAAGAGCCGCCUGUUGGUCGAUGCCGUGGGGACGCUCAAGAAACUCGAGGAACGUGUUGGUUAUAAGUGGUUCUGA